AUGUAUAGACAAACGUUGACCAUCAGCAUGAACAAACAGUUAACACUACGGGGCGACAUCUUCUCCUCUGAGCUGUUGGUUACUGGUCAGAAAGACACACCACCACUGACCUCUACUGCUCACUGGUGCGUCAGCAAACUUUUGGUGAUUGAUGAGCUUUUAUUGUUCGGCAACCGGCGAGACGUCGUAGCACGUCCGUCGUCGUUCAUUGUCCGGAGCGUCUUGUCUUUGUUUUCGGCGAUCGUUUGUUGUUCUCAGUUUCUCAGCACCAGUAAUAAUCGUGUAGUCGUUAAGUAUUGUCGAAAAUUUCGAACACCGGGACCGUACUCAAACAGAACAACAACAGCCACGAUCAGCGUUAUCAACGCGGACUGA